AUGGCUUUAACCCAAGAAUCUCUCCUGUCUUUUUUACUGGAGCAUGGAGGCAAAGUCAAAAACUCGGAGCUGGUCAACAACUUCAGGAGUCAGAUCAACUGCAGCGAUCCCGCGGAAAAGCAGCACAAUAGGGAGCUUUUCAAGAGGCUGGUGAAUAGCGUCGCUGUGGUCAGACAGAUCGACGAGGUAAAGUUUGUAGUGGUGAAAAAGAGGUACCAGGACUUUGUUAAAGAGGUGGAUGCGCACGAUGCCUCCCAGAAAAUACAGAUGGAUGACAGUUUCUCAAGUCAAAAUACGAGCUUUUCGUACACAUCUCCUAAUAGACCCGAGUCAAAGAUGCUCCAGGCAGACAUGGAGAACAAUAAUGUGUGCUGCCCCUCACUCACAAAUGGUAGUUAUUGCAGUGAUGCCAAACGCAUGUCCGGGGGAAGCAUGCAGAAAGAGAGGCCUAUAUCAACAAGUAGUCCGGACACAACCACUGUCAAAAUCCUGAAUAUCUCCGGGGAUCAAGCCAGCAGAGCGGGGAAAUCUGGACCAGUGUUCGCUGUUAUAGCAGUCAAAUCCCCCCAAAGAGUGUCUGCACCACCAGUGAUACAGGAUGGAUGGCAAAAGCCUCUGCAUGAAACUUCAGAGAAACCAAUCACACCAUCAGUGCCAAAUCUGAAUUCUUACUUUCCAGCUUGCAUGAAAGAUGCAUUAAGUGACUCCAAAUGUUGGAAAAAUAGACAGACAGAUGACAUGCAGCCCUCUAGCUUUUCCCAGGGGAGGCCCCAAAACAAGACCACAAAACAAGGGGAUGAUGCCAAAUACUCUGAGUCGGUGCCUUUGGAGCCAUUAGCUCAUGAAUGGCUGGUAAAGUGUGCUGCUGGACUGUGGGGGCAAAUCUAUGUUUUGCUGCUGCAGGACACUCGUUUAGCACAGAAGAAAGACUUCAUGUCAGGUUUCACAGCUCUCCACUGGGCUGCCAAGGACGGCAACAGUGAGAUGAUCCAUAAGCUGAUGGACAUCUCCAGGAAAAGAGGCACUUACAUCAACAUCAACAGUAAAGCACAUGGAGGAUACACACCUUUGCACAUUGCAGCCAUACACGGCCACACUGAGGUGAUGCUUCUGCUUGUGCAAGGAUACGGAGCCAGCGUAAAUGAAAGAGACAACGAUGGCAAGAAGGCUUACCACUACCUUGGCAAAGGGGUGUCGGAUGAGGUCAGGGCACUGCUGGGACGACCGAAGCACAACAAGUACAGGAAGAAGACUGAAUAUGAGGAAUAUAGAGAGCAGCUGAAAGGAUUCAAUAACACCAUUAGUAAACUGUUCCAGCCUCACACAGGGAAGAAACAGAAAUCAAUAAAGUUUGCUCAUGACUGGUGAGAGUGACACAGAAAAGAAGCAGAUAAAUGGACUAUAUAAACAUUAGAAGAAAUAAUAGUGUCAUAGUGUGUCAUGUUAAUA